AUGGAUGAGAGAAUUCAAAGCCUGUACACUGGUUUCAUCACCCAUAUCAAGCAGGCCAUACAAAUAUACGCCGGUACAGUCUUUGUUGGUAGACUGCUCUUCUUUCUGGUACAAACGUUCGUGAAGGUGAACAACAAUGGAGAGAUCAUGUAUCUCCGUCGCAACAAGCGCUCUCAGGCGGCUUCCAGAUACUCCACUCUCUAA